UCUGUCGCCUCCGGAAGCCGGCGCCGCGUGCGUCGCCUGGGCUCCCCCGGUUGCCUUGACUACGGAGGGCGCGGUGGAACGGCGGAAGCUGCGAGUUUGUAGGAGCCGAGGAGCCGGGAGCAUGAGGACAUGGUGUCUGUGUCAGAUUUGUACUUGCGGGAGGAGGUUGCUGAGAAGCGAGAGCGUGCAAGACGAAGACAUGUGGAGAAGUUGGCAGCGGCGCAGGGCCAGGCACCUGUGGAGCCCACCCAAGAUGCAGGCGCCCUUGAAAGGAGUCCACAGGGAGAAGAGCCAAAAGGUGCCAUUAGGCUUCUCAGCUCCAUUAGAGGACCUUCCCCUGCUCCUCCACGUGGCGUGCCGUACGUUGGAAAACCUGUACCUUCUGAUGGGAAGGAAACUGGAAGACCUCGAGGAGGUGCCUCCAGGAAACGUGCUAGAUAGGGUGGUGCUGUGUGUCACAUCUGAGCUCCGUUCCGAGACGCAGCCUGACAUGCCACCCGAAGCACAUGCCUCCUCUAUAGAAGAAGCACUAUGGUAGCUCUGGUCCUUAUCAUCCCCCUGCUAACUUCCUUUGAAAGGUGAUGUAUAAUAGACAACAUGUAUGACAUCACUCUUAAAAAUAGGUCAAAAAUAGCUUAUGUAAGAAGGUGAAAUAGAACAUCCAAAGUGGUAUGGUGAUCUCUGUUUCAAGUUCAGGGAAAUGACAACCAGCGUAGCUCUAGACAUUAACUAAAGUCACUCCAGGCUAUGGUUUCAGUGAGGCCUCGGGGGUCGUGCUGGAAAGACUACCUAAGCAAGCGGCCACGCUACUGACAUUGGUGCGCAUCACCCUGAGGGGUCAGUUCGGGGGUUAGACUUGCAAGUAAGAGCAGAGUGAGCCUUAGUCAUCAAAGAGUCAAGGACCCUGAGGGUUACAGACUGUUUCUACAGGAACUCAUUCAUGCAAACUGGAAGCUCCAAAAAGUCAUUUCUAGAAAGUUCAGGUCUAGAAAAUCUAGGGUAAGUCCUGUAGGACACAGAAAAGGCAAACAGCUUACAAGAACUAGUUGUUAAAUUUGCAGGGAUUUUGCUAACGAUUGUUAUAUCCAAGCAUCAUUAAAAAUUAAAUUAUAUAUUUUUAGUUCAUUUUCUCCUCUUUUUAUUCAGGGGGAUAAGCAUUAUAGUGAAUUAAGCAAAGUAGUGGCACAUAGAGAAAAGUUGAUAGUCUUGCUCUUUCUCCCGAUAAACACCCCAUUUUGUAUAGUAUGUAUUGCACAUGCAAGCAAAAAAAUGCAUGCAUAUGUCACUGUUAAGCCCAUCUGGGUUGUUAUGUUGGCUUACCUGUGGAGUAGAGGUGUAAUUUUAAUUUUUAUCAUUGAAAAUAGGUGACCUAAUAUUCUAAUUCAGAGUGGUGGGGAAGGGUGUACACACACACACACACACACACACACACACACACACACACACACCCGGGUGUACACACAUACACACACACCCAUUACUGAGAACUCCAUGUCUUCUCCAUGUCUUCUGCUUGGCAUCCAGAUAGAUUCCUUACCACUCACUGAGCCACCUGGCAAACCCGUUCCUGUGGGUACCAGGAGUAUUUAUCCCUGAGAAUCCUGGAUGUCUCAGCUGCGGGUCUUCACAUAGUAAUGUAGUAGUCAGUGCUUUCCAAGAUAGAUGUCUAUGAUGAUGACUUCCCUAACAGUGUCAAAGAUGAAGCAUUCAGAUUAAAAGUAAUGAUGAGCACCGAUUAUAAUGAUAGCUGUUAAGAGUGGGUCGCUUUGCUGAGCACCUGUUGUAGCUGCCUCACAUCUCUCCUCACCUCUGAGGUCCUGGAGUGCCCCCACCCCCCCGGAAAGGUGAGCCCUUCAGUAAUAAUAAGUACCAUUCGGUGUUCUGCCCUUAGACUCCUAAGAUAACCUGACAGUGUUCUGGGCAACUUCCCACUGCUCUGCACUUUUUGGGGAAUUCUGUUCUUGGUUUUAUUAUCGCCUUCAGUAGCGUCCAGAGAAAUGCAGCCAGCCAGCUGCCAGCUGACCCGGCUCACAAACAGAGAACAUGAGGGCCUGUUGUAAACCCAGCAAUAAAACAUCCCACCCUCGCCUUCUCCCACAGAGUCCCAAAGUCUGUUCUGUACAUCUGUGUCUCUUUUUCUAUUUUGCAUAUAGGUUUAUCAUUACCAUCUUUUUA